CCUGAGCUCCUCGUCAGGCGCGGUCAUUUUGUGCCCUGCAGCCCGCGCCAUCCUCGGGGAGGGGCGCUUCCGGGCGUGGCCCCCAGGCUGCGGCCAGGCCCUGCAGGGACGGGGCACGGCGCCGCGGGAAGCUCCCUGGCCCUCGGCCAGUCCCUUGUUCUGAUGAGUGCCUUUGCGAUUGGUUAGGACGGAAGUGAUUCUAGGAAGGGGAACCAGAGGAGAUUGAUUUUCUUCCGGGUCCCCUGAGUAGUCAGGAAGUAAGACUUUGAGCGGCGCAGGCUCCGAUGGUUGUCGUGGAGCAGCAGCCUUCGCGCUGUGGCUGGAGACAAUAAGACGUGGGAUGAGGCUCCGUGACAGGACGCAGUUCUGCCUGGGGACUCUGAAGACAAAAAGCUUUGGACAGUCGAAUUCAUGGUCGUGGAAACUCAUCCCCAAUUAAGCAAUGUCAGGCGUCCGACCUCCAAUCAUGAACGGGCCCCUGCACCCACGGCCCCUGGUGGCACUGCUCGACGGUCGGGAUUGCACGGUGGAGAUGCCUAUCUUGAAGGAUGUGGCCACGGUGGCCUUCUGUGAUGCUCAGUCCACACAGGAGAUCCACGAGAAGGUGCUGAACGAGGCUGUGGGUGCCCUGAUGUACCACACCAUCACACUGACCAGAGAGGACCUGGAGAAAUUCAAAGCCCUUCGGAUCAUUGUCCGAAUUGGCAGUGGGUUCGACAACAUCGACAUCAAGUCUGCUGGGGACUUAGGCAUCGCUGUGUGCAACGUGCCUGCAGCGUCUGUGGAGGAGACGGCGGACUCGACCCUGUGCCACAUCCUGAACCUGUACCGGAGGACCACCUGGCUGCACCAGGCAUUGCGGGAAGGCACACGUGUCCAGAGUGUUGAACAGAUUCGCGAGGUGGCCUCAGGGGCUGCCAGGAUCCGUGGGGAGACCUUGGGCAUCAUUGGACUAGGUCGCGUAGGGCAGGCAGUAGCGCUGCGGGCGAAGGCCUUUGGCUUCAACGUGCUCUUCUACGACCCGUACCUGCCAGACGGUGUGGAGCGGGCCCUGGGGCUGCAGCGCGUGAGCACCCUGCAGGACCUGUUGUUCCACAGUGACUGUGUCACACUGCACUGCGGCCUCAAUGAGCACAACCACCACCUCAUUAAUGAUUUCACCGUCAAGCAGAUGAGACAGGGGGCCUUCCUGGUGAACACAGCCCGUGGUGGGCUGGUGGACGAGAAGGCACUGGCCCAGGCCCUGAAGGAAGGGCGGAUCCGCGGCGCAGCGCUGGAUGUGCACGAGUCUGAGCCCUUCAGUUUCAGCCAGGGCCCUCUAAAGGAUGCACCCAACCUCAUCUGCACCCCACAUGCUGCAUGGUACAGCGAGCAGGCGUCCAUUGAGAUGCGUGAGGAGGCCGCUCGUGAAAUCCGGCGAGCCAUCACAGGCCGCAUCCCAGACAGCUUGAGAAAUUGUGUGAACAAGGACCACCUAACGGCGGCCACCCAUUGGGCCAGCAUGGACCCCGCUGCUGUGCACCCUGAGCUCAAUGGGGCUGCCUACAGCAGGUACCCCCCAGGUGUUGUGGGCGUGGCCCCCACUGGCAUCCCAGCUGCUGUCGAAGGCAUCGUCCCCAGCGCCAUGUCCCUGUCCCACGGCCUGCCCCCCGUAGCCCACCCACCCCACGCCCCUUCUCCUGGCCAAACUGUCAAGCCCGAGGCAGACAGAGACCACCCGAGUGACCAGUUGUAGCCCGGGAGGAGCCCUCCAGCCUCAGCGCCCAGCGGAGGACGCCGCGCACCUCAGGCCGGGGCGCGCAGAGGUGGCGCCCAGUGGCGGCCCCAGUGCCCAGAGACUGGCAGGGGCGCAAGGCGGCAUGAGGCCACACAGCUCCCCGUGUCGACUGUAGUUGUCCCGUCCCGUGGCUGGCUCACUGUCCUGUGUCCUUUGCGUUCCUCGUUAAGCAAAAGAAGUUAGCAGUUAAUUCUAUCAUGGGUGUUCUUGUCUGUGUCCAGUUCUUAGAACAUUGCAGAGGAUUUGUUUGCUUAGCUGUCAACAAAAAGAAAACCCGAGGGAGCGUUCAGCAAGUCAGCUUGGGCUCCUCUUCCCUCUGUGUGGAACGUGCCCAGCGAGGCAGUCAGCCCACUUCUCAGGACAAUGAAUCCUUCCCGCAUUUCUUUUUAUGCCACACAGUGCAUUGUUUUUUCUACCUGCUUGUCUUAUUUUUAGAAUAAUUUAGAAAAACAAAACAAAUGCUGUUUUUCCUAAUUUUGGCAUGAACCCCCUGUUCCAAAUGACGGCGGCAUCUCAGAGCAGCUCAGAGGAGGGCUGCAGCGCCGGUGUGCUGGGGAGGCGGAGGGCUGCAGCGCCCCUGCCUGCAGUGGUGCCGUCCUGCUGAUGUGGUAGGCUAGCAAUAUUUUUGGUUAAAAUCAUGUUUGUGACUGUAACCAUUUGUAUGAAUUAUUUUAAAGAAAUAAAAAUCCCAGAAAGAGCCAGCA